GGAGCUUUAUGUUCGAAAAGUUCCUGAUAAAUCAUUUGCUGCGAUGAAAAUGCCUUCGAAUCUGCUGCAGGAGAGCUUGUUGGGCUCGGUUGGAUCAAUCAAAUCCAAACCAGAGAAGAUCACAUUCAUUCGCCAGUUCAACAGAUGGCUUACAUCUUCCACAACGCUCUUCUUGUGGGCACUUUUUCUCAUUGCUCUGACUUCAUCUUACCUAUGUUUCAUGGACAGAAAUCUUAGAAACAGCAGAGAAAACCAUUUGGGGGGACCUGAGUGGGAGACCCGGGUUCGAAACUCAUGCCGGCCAAGAGCUCCAAACGGCAAGCUCCAGGUCCUGGUCACGGGAGCAGCGGGCUUCGUGGGCACCCAUGUGACCCUGGCGCUAAAGAAGCGUGGUGAUGGAGUCCUCGGCCUGGAUAACUUCAAUGACUACUACGACCCAACACUGAAGAGAGCGCGCCAAGCGCUGUUAAAGAGCCGCGGGGUUUUCAUCGUUGAGGGCGACAUCAACGAUCGAGAUUUGCUCCUGAGACUCUUCGAUCUCAUCCCCUUCAGCCACGUCAUGCAUCUCGCAGCACAAGCGGGGGUACGUUAUGCGCUGGAGAAUCCAAUGUCAUAUGUUCACAGUAACAUUGCUGGGCUGGUGAAUAUGUUUGAGGUCUGUAAGGGGGCUAAUCCUCAGCCGGCGGUCGUAUGGGCGUCCUCCAGCUCCGUCUAUGGGCUUAAUGAACAGGCUCCCUUCAGCGAAGGUGACCGGACUGACCGGCCCGCUAGUCUGUAUGCCGCGACGAAAAAAGCCGGUGAGGAGAUUGCCCACACGUAUAAUCAUAUCUAUGGACUGUCUAUUACCGGUCUCCGGUUCUUCACCGUCUACGGCCCGUGGGGACGCCCUGACAUGGCUUAUUUUUCUUUUACACGGAAUAUUCUCCAGGGCAAGCCGGUCACCGUCUAUAGACAGAAAGUGAAAAGCGCGUCUCCGGAACUUGCCAGAGAUUUUACGUACAUUGACGAUAUUGUUACAGGCUGCGUUGCGGCGCUGGAUACAGCCGGUAAUAGUACCGGUAGCGGCGGUAAAAAGACCGGGCCGGCGAAGCUCAGGGUGUUUAAUCUGGGGAAUACCCGACCCGUGUCGGUUACCUCUAUGGUUAGUUUAUUGGAGGGGCUUUUGAAGGUGAAGGCGAAGAAAAAAUUUGUCCACAUGCCCGGAAACGGUGACGUGGCAUUUACGCACGCGAAUAUUACGCUUGCUAAGGCUGAGCUGGGAUAUAGUCCCAGUACGGAUUUGCACACGGGGCUUAAAAAAUUUGUUAAAUGGUAUCAGAGUUACUAUGGGUAUCAUAAAAUUUAAGGGGUGGUGAUUUUUUGUGGGGCUUAAAAGCUGAAAUUGGCUUAGUCUGCUGCUGACCUGGCAUGCCAGUCAAAAGAGUCUGACGUGCUCAAGCUGUAAAUUUUAAUGGUCAAUUCUUUUUUUACUGUU